AUGCAAAGCGUUUGCUUUAACGCUACGGAAAAUCUUGCACAUGUUGCACAUAGUCAAAGUAGAGCUAAGACUGUUUUGACAAAAUUCUUUUCUUAUAAUGCAACACAUCCUUUUGAACCUAAAUAUUGCUUUUCAGAGUUUGUUGAGCAUCAUGUUUGGCAUUCACAAAGCAAAAGUUGGAACAAACGAAAGCGAGGUACACCGAUUGGUCGUCUUGCAUUUGUUGCACCCUCCGAAGGUGAACGUUAUUUUUUAAGAUUGUUGUUAGCAUGCGUAGCUGGUCCAUGCUCUUUUGCUAAUCUACUCACAGUUGACGGUCACACAUAUCAAUGCUUAGAUGACAUAGUUACUGUACAAAUGCUUCAUGCUUUACGAAGGUUGUUUGCCACAAUUCUUGUUUUCCUCGAACCGAGUAAUCCUGCUCAAAUGUGGGAUAGGUGUUAUGUUCACUUAUCAGAGGAUUAUGCAGCUAAGCAUCCAUCCUCUUUUUUGGAGAACAUAGGAAAGAGUCUUAAAGACUAUGAUUUACAACACCUUUGUAGAAGCGAAGAUAUAUUGGUACAAAGAGCAAGAGAUGUUAUUGAUGUCCUUGAUGCUCCUAUUCCAAAGGUACGCCUGCUCAAUCAAAUUGUGUUACCGACAACAACUUCUGGUAUUGCAGCUUCUAACAUGCCUACUGGUCGUACUGCGCAUUCUAGGUUUAAACUAUCGGUUGAUUGUGGACAAUCCUUUACAUGUAAUGUCGGUAAGCAAUCAAGUGUUGCUUCUCUUAUUAAGGAAAGUUCACUAAUUAUAUGGGAUGAAGCUUCCAUGGCUCGUAGAGAGAACAUCGAGUCACUUGAUUUGCUUUUACAAGAUCUAUGUUUAUCUGAUGUUCCCUUUGGUGGUAAGGUUGUUGUUUUUGGUGGUGACUUUCGUCAAACUGUUCCAAUUGUUCCCAAGAAAUCACAGCAAGAAAUGAUUGGUUACAACUUACUUAGUUCACACUUGUGGCCUCUUUUCACCCGAUUUGAACUAACUGUAAAUAUGCGAGCACGAGAAGAUCUAGAAUUUUCCAGAUUUUUGCUAGCAUUGGGCAACGGUGAACUUCAAAUGCAAGAAACUGAAUUAUCUAUCCAUUCAUCAUUUUUUGCUGAACGCGCUAUACUGACACCUCGGAAUGAAGAUGUUGAUUUGAUCAAUUCAAAGCUAAUUGAUAAAUUCUUUGGAGAUGUCUGUAUUUACAAAAGCUUUGAUUCAGUUAUUGAUGAUAAUAGUAACAUUUAUCCAACUAAGUUUUUGAAUACACUUUGUCCCGGAGGCAUGAGUCCACAUGAAUUGAUUUUGAAGUUGAAUUGCCCAGGAUUUUCAAAGGGUGAGUGUGUGAUGUUGCAGCGCAUUAAUCUCAGGCCCUUCGAAUCAUCUGGUUAUCCGUUCCAAUUUCAGAGAUUGCAAUUUCCGAUCAACUGUACGUUGCACUUUCUCGGGCCAGAAAAGCCAACAAUAUAA